GUCAAACUAUGUCUCAGCUGGCGGACACCGGUAUGGCAAAUGUCUGGGUAUUUGACGCCGGAUGGCGGUUUGUCGCUUGUAGAGGUCUUCCUGGAACCAAUUACACUAGAAAGAGAUUUAACACCAGGAAAUCGUCGACAUUCACUAAUAUGGCGAAACCAAUUUAUCCUCGACAUGGAGCAGGAUGUUGUAGUGACGUAUCGCAAGGGACACAGCAAGGAUUCUUUCUUGUCACUGAAGCCGAUGACGUUUUUAGUUACCUGCCUAUUGACGGAGUCCUUGGGCUAGCAUGGCCAGCCCUUUUUGUUGGCGAGGUGACUGCACCUAUACAAAACAUUGUAUCUACUCUUGAAUCUCCUUUCUUCACCAUCCGGAGAAAUGACUCAUACUUGAGCUCGGGCUUCUUUUACGUUUAUGACACUUUCACUUGUACUUCAGUUCCUAACAAAAUAGUCAUUUCCGACACGGGCAUUACAUGGAUCGGAGCACCAAGGAACAUCAUCAACGGAGUGGUUAAUCAGACCGGUGCCAAAUACGACACGCUUAAUCACUUUUACACAUUUGACUGCACGACAAUGAGUACCCAGCCAGAUUUGGUGUUCACUUUCAACGAUAUUAAAUACAAUGUGUUCGCAGAGGAAUAG